CUUUAAAUUAUGCACGCACCGCUGUCCGCUUUCUACGUGAUUAGAACCUAAUGGCAGAGUAAUUGUGAUUAGCAAUUAUAUAGCCGCGACUGCACCUAACCGUCCAGACAUCUUAACUUUUCAACACUGCACCCUACCUACGCGUGAGAGGGCAGUAUUCGGCUUAGUCGUUUUUAGUAGUAGGCGACAUACGAUAUGGGCAAGCGGAAGGGUGGUUCAAAGCCACCGCCGAAGAAGCAGCGCCCAAAGUUGGAUACCGUGUUCUCUUGCCCAUUCUGUAAUAGCAGCAAGUCAGUAUCUAUCAACUUCGAUCGUGACAUGGGGAGGGCGACGGCAAAAUGUUCCCAAUGCAGCCAAAAGUACGAGAGCCGCUGCACGCCACUGACGGACGCAGUCGACGUGUAUCACGACUGGCUCGACUCGUGCGAGGAGGCCAACAAGUGAGACGCUGCCUCUGGGCAAUGCGUGCUACACGUCAGCGAUCCACGAUCACCUACGACUGCUAUGUACAGCGCUGUAUUUGUAUGUUUGGAGAAAUGGCGAAAAUGACGGACAGUUGCGAGACGUGCGCCGUGGUUGAGCAAGGAUAGGUUCUGCUCGAUGUCCACGUUGAAGCGCCGCUCCCAUCCAGUAGCUAUGCAUGCUAGCUUUAUAUUAUGGAUGGACUUUGGUGAAGAGUCGCGGAAGAAGCGGGCUGUGAAUAAUUUCGCCGUGUCCUGGCGGGAACAUGCCCGUCAACUAGACACCCGGACUAGCAUGCGAACCGUCUAUUAUUUAUGCUCGGACGAACUUGCGAGUAGUGGGUGUUUGCUAAAUGGCUUUAGCGCUUGGCACUGACCGGUGCAAUUUUCCUUUAUGGUUUAUGGCCAUUGUGUGCCAAUGUGUUUAAGCAUUGCUCUUCGGAUAUACGCAUAUGUCCACGCUUGCUGUCUUUUAUGGAAAGCAUUCGUUGGGCGGCCAAUUGCUGUAAAUCCCAUCGGAUGUCGGUCGUUCACUCAUCUCGCCUUAGUUCCUCGCCUUAGCUCUCAAGUAUUUCAAUACCCAAUAGAUUAGGUGAGCAGGUAUUCUUUCUACCAGAAGAUCUACCUAAACGCACACAGGCGUAGUAUAGCUUGAGCCAUGUCGUCGUGUUUAGGGACUCAACGCAUCGUCACGCCUGCGACGCACGGGAGAGGCUUAGCAGCAUUUUCGUCGUCAUUAUUACCACAUGGUCCUGUGCCCCGUCCGUCGCAUCGCCGCUCCCCGGAGCAAGAGCAGCGGCGGACCCUAAGACGUCCUCAAGUCGUGGCGCUGAGCAGCGAAGUAGCCGUGCAGCAACCAAGUACAUCAGCCACCAGCAAAACAGUGCCAAAUUCGAGCGUAUGGGAAAUCGAUUUUUGCUCACGGCCUUUACUGGAUGAGCGUGGCAAGAAGGUUUGGGAGCUCCUAAUCUGCGACCCAGAGCGCAAUUUCGAGUACUCGGAGUACUUCCCAAAUAGCAAAAUCAAUAGCGGAGAGCUUAAACGCACAAUUGAGCGCAUCCUGGCCCAACCCGGAGCUGAGCGGCCAGAAAAGGCUCGGUUCUUCCGCAGCCAGAUGCAGACCAUCAUCACCAAGGCGCUUACAGACUGCCAGAUUAAGGCGGUUCCCAGCCGCCGCUGCUUUACCGUGAUGUCCUGGAUCGGCGAGCGGCUUGAGUCGGUGUACCGGCUCGACCCGCGCUACUCGGACAAGGCGCAGUCGCUGUUCCAACUGGACCUGGGGCCGCUGGAGGCGCUACCCGACGCGCUCCGCGGGGAGCAGUGGGCCUUCGUGCAGCUGCCGCUGGGGACGCUGCUGGGGAUGCUGCGCCGGGUGGAGGAGGCGGAGAUCUUCGGUGGUACCUUCUCCCUGGCCACCUCCGGGCUGCAAGACCUCCCCCGCGACAUGCUCAUACCGGGGGUGGUGGUGUUCAGUCGCCGGGCGCUGCCGCUGGCCGCCUGGACCAACGGGCUUGAGAUCGCCGCUGUAAAGGCGGACGUGCAGCGCUCCUGUCUGGUGCUGGAGACGGGCGUGAACCAACGGUGGAAAUACGGCAGCUGGAAGCCGAGUGAGGAGUCGGUUGGGGAGGCGGAGGGCUGGGAGCUGGCCAAGCAGGGAGUCAGCGGUGUCCACUUCCUGGCGGUGCAGCCCGACCCCGACUCGGAGGAGCUGACGGGGCUGUGGAUGCUUCGGGACUGCGAGCCGCCCUCAAUUUGAGUGGGACUGAAAAUUACCUAAACCUCUAAACCCGCUCACAUGGAGGGCGGUUUAAAGGUAGAUAAUCUGAGCGGGAGGAGGCAAAGGGGAGAAAGGAAUAGAACGAUGCUGAGGAUGACAGUGAGGAGCUGUGGCAGGGGCAGGGGGCGGGGUCAGGAGGCUUCAGGGUUAGGGAUUAGGUUAACUGAGCACGCGAAGAAACACUGAUUGGUUGGGGGGCGCUGAGGAUGCCGGAGGAAGCCACUAGGUGUAGCGCUGGCGGUGGAAGGCAACACGGUAGUAAAGGGGGACGUUAUCGCCCUGAGGGCUGCACGAAGGUAACGUUUUGUGCCCGCUCCGCCCCUGGUCCGUUGAGCGCGGAACCAAGCGGCAAAAGUCCUGAUGGCAUGGAGGGCAGCAUGCGAGGGCAGCAAGCUAAGACAGCCAGUAGCAGCUGGACAGGAGAAGAGAUAAGCGACAUUAAUGAGAGUGUCGGAAGGUGGUGGUUUGCGCGUCAUUAUAGGCUUGACGACGAAUGCCGGUCCAUAGACGUCUGGUGUUUGGGCUUUUGUCAGGCACCUAUGCAUAAGGCCCAGCUGGGUACCGGUAUGCGUGUCAUUCGUGUGUGUUAAGAAAACUGGCCGCGAGUAGGUGUGCGUGUAGGAUUUUGUACCUCUUUGCCGUACGAGGAGGAAAGGUAAGAUGGGAUCUGGCUUGGAGGGGUUGUGGGCUAUGUAGCUAUUAACGUGUAGCUUUGCAUGGGGCCCGAGCAGCUAUACAAGUAAGGGGCUCAUUCGUUUGGGUGUUACUGCUUUUAAAGGCCGCCUUUUUGGUUUAGGGUUGCGCUUGGGAGCGUUCUGGCAUUGCACUGCCGUUGAUUCAAUGAACGAGUUAUAUGACGCUACCGUUUUCCGCUUUCUGUGGUACUGGUAUCUAAAUUUUAGGGAAUGACUUGGGCGGUAGUGGAGUAGUGGCAUCCACGCAGUCGUGGUGGUUGGGGACUGGAAGGCACCCCAUGCUGAUCGAGGUAUGGACCUUUUUGCUGAGAGAGAGUGAUGAGAGAUGUGUGCUUAUGCUACGGCCGGGGCUGUGGUGCAGACCGGCGCAAUGAGAGGGCAUGUGAGCAGUGGCAGGACGAGAGCAUACGUGCGCGGUGUACGGCUGGAGAGGACUUCAGAUGACAGAUUCUGCCGUCUGCUGCUCGAACUAAGUAUGACGCAAGGGGCAGCAAGGGACGCCCCGUAUCUUGCGGACGUUGCGCGACCCAUGGGGCUGUCGUAUACAAAGAUGCAUGAGCUGCAAGAUUGGCAGUUUUGGCUCACUGGCUACGAAACCUAUUGUGGGCAGGCGCAAGGUUUUAUUCUGGGGAGAGGGGCAUUUGUCAUCGACUGGGAAGCUCAUUGGGUGCAGG